ACCCCAUCGAUCCCCUACUCGAGGACAAGCCAUCAUUCGUCCGGCGUUAUUUUAUUGGUGAGUACAUUUCCAAAAUUUCCACCAAGUGCGCAUCAAAUCGGAUUUAUUUUUUAAAUUUGAACUAUUCGGUAGUAAAGUCAAAAACAAGUGCAUGUACCUUGCGGUGGCGUUGAUCAUUAUUGUUGCGAGUUUGGUCAAACUGCACAUUCGGAAUGGGCCCCCAAGAAACUCUGGUUUUGGCGAUAAGCAUCGUCGGGGCAAUGGGGUUUAUCCCCCAUGGUUCUAUUGGGGAAAAGGAGCCUAUGCUAACCGAAGCUUUACUUCGUGAAGUGGUGGAGCGCAUGGGCAAGGAGUUCAACGAGGCGGCGUCAGGCUACCUGGAGUUCCCUCAGAGCGAGCGCCACCUGGCGCUCAUGGCGCGCGCCUCCAAGGACCUGGAGAAUGAGCAGCUGGACUACGACUCGCUGAUCAAUGGCGAUCCUAGCCCGAGCUUGCGCGACCAGGAGUAUCUGCAGCACAGCUCCCUUUGGGGUCAUCAGUACGUCACAGGCGGCGCUGGCGAGGGCCAGCAGCGGCUGCAGCCGUCGGGGUUGGUCCCCAACCGUCAGAUGGUCAAGACCGAUGCCGUGCUGCCCGCCUACUGCAAUCCGCCCAAUCCCUGCCCCGUUGGAUAUACUGAGGACCAAGGUUGUCUGAUCGAGUUCGAGAACACGGCGGCGUUCAGCCGCGAGUACCAGCUGUCGCAGCGAUGCAUGUGCGACGCGGAGCACAUGUUCGGCUGCCCCGAGCCCCAGUCCGACCUGGAGCUCAGGUUUCCGGAGCACAAGAACCUUGUCGCCAAGAAGUUUAAACCCGAUGUAAAAAACCCGUAUCUCAUGGGCGAACGCCUUCCGAUCGCAGCCAAAAAAGGUUUCGAUGUGAAUUCUUAUUAAUAUACUUACUUAAUUGUUAAUUAUUACAACAUCUUAGACGGGUCUUAUACAGUAUCCGUUAGUUGAAUGUCAGAUUAAAAGUGUUUUACUAA